AUGGAAGGCAUUUUAAAGACAAUACGUUGUCUCAUUCCCCCAUUGAGUCAGGCUUUACAUAAAGGUCAAAUGGGCCGUAUAGGAGUAGUUGGGGGAUCCAAGGAAUAUUCUGGGGCACCCUAUUUUGCUGGAAUAACAGCGUUAUCUUGCGGAGCUGAUUUAGUCCAUGUUAUUUGUGCUUCUUCAGCAGCUCAAGCCAUUAAAUGCUACAGUCCCGAAUUGAUGGUCCAUCCUUCACUGGACACUGACAUAGAUGAGUCAACAUUCUGGAUUAAUAAAGUCCAUUCCAUUGUAAUUGGUCCUGGGUUGGGUAAAUCUGCUAAUGAAAUUGCCGUAAAAAUUAUGAAUUUGGCACGUUCCAAUAAUAGUCCUUUGGUGGUUGAUGCCGAUGGACUUUACGCCGUUAGUCAAAAUCUUGAGACUGUUCGUAAUUACAAACAUGUUAUUCUCACCCCAAAUGUGAAUGAAUUUAAUCUGCUAUACAAGACUGUUUUCCAAACUGAACCGUCUGAUGAUCCACAAGAAACUGUAAAGUUAGCACGCCAACUUGAAGGUGUUACUAUUGUUCGCAAAGGACCGAGUGAUAUCAUUUCAGACGGGGACCAGCUUAUUGUUUAUAAUUUUGGGGGUUCCCCGAGGAGAUGUGGUGGUCAAGGCGAUCUUCUCUCUGGAGCAGCGGCUGUUUUCAGCUUCUGGUUCGCCAAAGCAAAAAUCGAUGGCCCAUAUUCGUCCACAAUGCUAGCUGCGACUGCUGCCUGUAUGCUGACACGCCUGUGUGCAAAGCGGGCUUUUGAAAAAUAUGGCCGCUGCACCAUGACAAAUAAGAUGAUUGAAGAAAUCGGCCCGGCGUUUGAAGAAUUAUUUAUAGCCUAA